AUGUUUGGGAAACAAGACAAAAUGGACGUUAGAUGCAGUUCAGAGACUGAAGCUAACCGGGGCUCGAAGAACGGACAUAAAGAGGGCAAGGAAAGCAAAGGGUCUGAAGGAAAUAUUUCUACUUCUUUUUUGAAGGAUCAGCAAGGGACUUUUUCUGCCUCUGCAGCUACGGAAGAUUGUAAUAAAAGUAAAUCUAGUUCGGCUGAUCCGGACUAUUGCAGGAGGAUCCUAGUUAGAGAUGCCAAAGGUUCAAUCAGAGAGAUUAUUCUGCCUAAGGGGCUCGAUCUGGACCGUCCCAAGCGGACCCGCACCUCCUUCACGGCCGAGCAGCUCUACCGCCUGGAGAUGGAGUUCCAGCGCUGCCAGUACGUGGUGGGGCGGGAGCGCACCGAGCUCGCCCGCCAGCUCAAUCUCUCCGAGACUCAGGUCAAGGUCUGGUUCCAAAACCGUCGGACCAAGCAGAAAAAGGACCAGGGCAAGGACUCCGAGCUGCGCUCCGUGGUGUCGGAAACCGCCGCCACCUGCAGCGUCCUGCGGCUGCUGGGACAAGGCCGCCUGCUCUCCCCUAUUCCGGAUCGAAUAUUUCCUGUUCAAUUUCGGUACUUGAAUUUGCCAGAAAAGGGAUACUUUCUCUCUCUGCUGGGCCUGGACCACGGGCUGUUCGGGCUGCCGGUGCCCGCCCUGUUGGGCUCGGUGGCCGGGCGACUGUCCUCGGCCCCUUUGGGGGUGGCCGGUUCGCUGGCGGGCAACUUGCAGGAACUGUCGGCCCGUUACCUCAGCUCCUCCGCCUUCGAGCCCUACUCCCGGACCAACAAUAAAGAGAGCGCUGAGACAGGCACUUAG